AGAGAUCAGUCCGAGUCGACCAACAGCCGUGUCAUUCGCUGGAUCCUGAUUCAGCUUGUUGUGAUGGGUAUCACCUGCGUGUGGCAGCUGUCCAACUUGCGCUCCUUCUUCAUCAAGCAAAAGCUCACGUAAAAUAUGGCUGGAUUGUUUUGGGAGUUCUGGUCGGUAAGCGUUGGGGUUCAAAGCAUGGUACGGCAUGCGCAACCACAGGGUUGGGCGGCUUUUCAAUGUAGCAAUCAUCUGGGGCAAAAAUGGGAUCGCCGGUUAGGUCACUGGAGGCAGAGCAUGAACGAAAAGGGCACUGUAUCUGUCUAUGAACGCCUUCUUUCAUUACAAUGUGACAAGCACUGCUCGCAGCCUACUCUGCAGCUCCAAUCCUGUGAGAACCAAUGUUCACCAAGAACCUGUGUAAUCGCUGGAAACCCUCUCCCCUCAAGCAGCAACUGUCCACGUCGCUGCAGUGCUCUCUACUGCAUCCCCAACCAUGCUGCUCUCCCGCUUCAACGACGUAACGACCUAGGAAACAUAUUAUAAACGAUGAGAGAGGUGUAAGAUAGAAAGGAGAAUAACACCGGAACCGACCCAAUGCUGCCAGUAUCAACCUGCUGCGCCUUGCUGCGCUACACAUCAACCGCUUGGUGUAGGGGUGUCGUGAGGAAUGCCAGGCUCCAAUGAAAACAAACCCAAACCCAAGGCUUUUCUGUUCGCCAGCUUAUACAUGCUUUCUUCCUUCCCAGUAGCCGAAGCU